GCUAAGUAAACUAAAAAAAAAUUACGUACAUUAAUAUUUAAAAACUUCAAAGUAUUUUUUUCCACAGAAGAAAUUCAAUUGAAGAUAAUUUUUGAUAUUGAUCGCGUACCAUGUUCAUGCACUUCUCUCAAAGAUCACGGCGAAACGGCGCAAAUUGGCUAAAACUUUUGCUGGCUUUCACCGUGACGCUAUCAAUGAUAAAACAUUGAAACCAUUCAAUGCAUGAAGUCACUCCAGUCUUUCCAAGAUUUAUGCCUGUGUGAAUGCGGCCUUUCGUGUACGACAUAUUCGGAGAAUUUUUACCCAUAUCUUCUUAAAGGACGACGACGAAAGUGGCAAAAGCCUCUCUUGAAAAGUGAAUUCAUGCUUUUUCCAAGUUCAUUGCUCUUAUUCCAUGUCGUUCAAUUUGUCAAAUGUUGGUGAAGUUUUCUGGAGUUGAAUUCUAAAGGACUGUUUCUAUGUUACGAAAAACAUACAACAUCGUUGUCUUGUGUUCAUGCUCUCCACAAGACGUGAAAUUAGGCAGUUACGGCACGUCAUGGCGGUGCUGCAUGUGACAGCAUAAAAAUGUACAAAAAAGCAUGAUUCGCGUACAUAGUUGUUGUUUUACUAACGGCUUAUAUUAAUACCUUUUUGACGUUCGCGUUGCCGUUCUCUAUUUGAGCCCUGUCCACACUAAUACAUCGAUCGACUCGCUCGCACACUACUACCGGCAUUUCGAUGCGUUUCCGACAGAACACACAAAAACGUUCGAAAACCGUAGAAAUGCUUGUGACGUAAGUUGGUCAUGAACUCUAGUAUGCGCAUGCUACAAACCAUCCUCGGAGACCCAGGGGCGGUCAGUCGGGCCGGGAGAAAAGGCGCGACGAAAGUUUUCAAGCAUAGGCGGAAGAGACCCUGGGUACCGACUCUCACCGGACCAUUUCCAAAAGGUCAAGCGAAUGCUGGCUCCCGCUGAUUGGGCACAAAAAAUGCUUUGUAUUAUUGUGCCCAAUGGGCGAACAGUUUCUCCUGAGUUGUUUUCGUGAGUUCGUACACAACGGCUAUUAUCUCGCCACAGUUGCCCGGUUCGUUCACCAAGCUUUCCUAACCAGAAACGAAGGAACUACCGAUGAGUCGAAAAACGUUUCGGAGGCUAUCAGCAUGAGCAAUUCAAUUUGCACUGAGAAAAUUCUGUUUCUGACGGAUCACAAUGUAUCGUAAAUAAUAGGAAGUUUAAGAUGCAGCGGCGACGAGAAGGCAAAAAAAGGAAUAGCUUGACAAGGCAAAACAACAACUUUGUACGUGCAUCACGCUUUUUUGUACAUUUCUUUGCCGUCACUGCACGACUACCAAGUGAUAAUGCCCAAUUUCACGUUUUGUGGAGGACGUAAACAAGCAAUGACGAAAUUUUUGUUUCUCUUUAUAAACUUGGAUAUGGUUGAUAGAAAUUCAGCUCCAGAAGAGUUCGCUUGCAUUUGACAAAGUAAGUGAGUUGGAAUAAUCACGAUAGAGACUGAAAAAUGUGUAUUCACUUUUCCUGCGACGUUUUCGUGGCUGUCAGCUGUCAGAUUGGGCGCAAUAAUACAAAGCAUUUUUUGUGCCCAAUCAGGAGCUAGCAUUCGCUUGACCGUUUGGAGAGAGGUCCGGUGAGAGUCUGUACCCAGGGCCCGGUUGCAUAUUACGCCCGUAACAACUACAGGUAUACGUACGUGCACUCGUAACUUAAGUGAUCGAGUUGCAUUAAAUCACUCAAGUGGUCCACUUAGGGAAUUCACUUAAGUAGUUGCACUUAUGAUUUUCGUAAGUGUUCACGUAAGUGUCGUUUAUGCAACAGAAAUUGCGGGUGUUGAAUAAAACUUUUUUUACGGGAAGAAUAGCACGUAAAUUUACGAGCCAUGUAGGUCCCGUAUCCUUACUGUUUUUACCAAAGUUAACGAGAUCUUUAACUGACAAGUGAACAAAAAAAAGGUUUUUUCUUUACGUAAUUCCGUUCUAAUGCGCUUCGUUAACCUAUGAUGUACAAUUUAAAGCCGUCGUUAAGAAAAAAAGAAGAACAACAAACAUUUCUAGUGGAUAUUGAAGUAAAAUAACGAUGUCAUGUAAACUUUAUUUGAAUGAGAGGCUUAAAAAAGAAUUCGAAACGACUUGACACUUUCUUUACACUCACCGAUGGUUAACUUAAUUUAAGAAAAUAGAGCGAGUCAAAUUAAUAAUUAAAAGUACUAUAUCAAAGUUACGUGUACCCUUAAGUGAGCCCGUAAGUUACCACGUAAAACAGAAACGUACGAGAGUGCUAAGUGUGUUCCAUGCAACACCCGUAAGUGUACCCAUAACGGAUUCGUAAGUGACCUACUUCAGUGGGCACUUAAGUGCAGGUUUUAUGCAACCGGGCCCAGGGGCUUUUUCGCCAGUGCUUGAAAUGACUUUCGUCGCGCCUUUACUCCCAACCCGUCUGACUGCCCCUGGGUGUCCGAGGAUGGCUACAAACAAAAGCACCUGCGAUAUUUUGGUCAUCGAUUUCAUUUUGAUGCGUUUUUGAUGUUUUCGACCUUCCACUCUAAUACGAUGUGAAUGCGUUUUCGUUUUGGUCCACUUUCAAGAGUAUUUUCAAAUUUUCAAAUCGAUGUGUUUUCGAUGAAAACGCUCGGAACGGUAGUGUGGACGGACGAAAUCGAAAUGUAUGCGUUUUCAAACGAAAACCUAUUAGUGGACGGGGCUUAGAAUUACAGCCGCCAAUGAUGUUAUAAUACAAUACAAUACUUUAUUCAAGAAAGAAAAACUAAAGUUACAAAAUAUCUCUCAAAAGGGGAUAUCUAGAGGUUAACCCUAAAUAAAAGAUUCGACAAAAUAAAAGAUGAAAAGGUAAAAUCUAGAAUCUAAAACAUUAUAAAUUUGCAGAGAGAAAAAUCUAAAACCUAAAACUAGAAUAAAAAACAUCAUUUGCAUAUCAUAAUUGAAACUAUUUACAUCGUAUUAAUCAAUGAAUAUUCAUAAAAAUCCUUAAUCUGUUGCUCAACUAAUAGUCAGCGAUCCUGCGUGUACAACAUCUUUAGGCAAGUUAUUCCACGCAUAACGAUCCGUACAAAGAAAGAAUAUUUGUAGCAGUUUAGGAUGGCAACUUUUACAUAGAGCUUGUAAUCGUGAUUGGCUCUAGUUCGAUUACACUAAAUAUUCAAGCAAUAGAAGACGUUUUCCGUGUUUGCAUAGCCUGAUAUAAACACGAAAGAGGUUAGAAGAAUUCGAGACAGAUAUACAAAACUAAAAAACGAAGUAUAGGGUUCAAUUUUUCUUUUUGUCUCUUAGUUUUCAUUUUUAACCUUUGCAAAUUUGUUUUGAAGUUUUUGCUUUUUAUCAAAUAUAUAUUUUUUAAUGUAUGAUUCAGUUAUUGAUUUCUUUUGUAAACUUUUGUCUUUUGUUUAAAAAAAUCAAGAACGAAAUCAGAGGCCAACAUGUGGCGAGUGUUUAAUGGUUAAACAGUGAAAAGACAUUUAGUACAUAUAAGGAUAGGUCGUGCUCUUUUUGGAUGAACCGGUUCUGGUAUAUUUGCUUUAGGUUUCACUAUAGAAAAAGACUUUUACUUUGUUUGUAGGUCGUAUUUUUUUUAUCGUUUUAUCGUUUCUUACGCGUACUGAUACAGGACAAGUUUUAAGUAAAUUCUUUUUAACGACGUAAUUACAUUGCAGACUAUAGGAAUUAACAUCAAUAUCGACGCGGCCUAUUGUUAUUUUUUAAUUUUUUUUUAGUUUGACUCGUAAAAGGUUUCUACUUCGUCUGGAGUGAAGCUGGAAGUUCCUGCCAGGAAUGUUUUGGCGAAGGUGCUGCUGUAGCUAUGCCCGCUCGGUGGGCUGUAAGUCCAGCCAAGGUUGCUGAAUGAAUUGCUAUUGGAUGACGCGAAGUUGGAAAUAAAAAUGUCAUGUCCUGCACCGAAUGAGGGUCCAUACGAUGAACCAAAAAGUACGGAAUGUGCUCUGGAAGAACUAUAUCUUCCUGUUUGAGGCAGUUUAACAGGUGCCCAUCCUGGCCUGUUCACCAGUGAAAACAGAAAUGCUUUGGAGUCGUACUGAUACUUACUGCUGGAAUCUGUCAGAGAGAAAAGAAAUGGAAAACCAGCUGUCACUAGCGACGCCAUCCCUAUCUGAUACUCACUUGCGAAACCAUCUGCCAUUGCCAUGUACCGAGAGUGACACACGAAAUAAAUGUUUGUUGAUAUAUUUACUUUCCUUAAAUAAACUUGUUUGAGUUGUAGUUAACAUUUUUUAUUUGUCAAAACAAAACAAAGGAACUCUCGCUUAACUCUGCAAUCACAGUUAUCAAAAUGUAAGAAAUAAUACACGCACAACCGAUGAAAAUGCCUCACCACCAUUUACAUUUAUGUACAAUUUCUAAGUUGUAGGCGCGGUGAGGAGUCAGCUGAAUCCGUCACCCUAAUGGCCUCGAUUUUUGUUGUUUACAAGACUAUAGGUGCCUAUCGCUUGUGUCUCCGAUUACGACUCCUACUCCAUUGCGAUUGAGAACCCCACUCCUUUUUUCUAGAGCUCAGCCUUUUAAUCCGUGGUCAUUUAAAUUAUAUUUUUCACCCUUCCAAAGUUCGUUUGAAUCUACUAAUUUCGCAAUGCCCCUAAACCUCUUUCCAACCUGAGAUCAGGCCCGAUGUUAACGGUUCUCAUACAUUCUCUCUAACGGCUACCGCUAAAAUUGGGCCUGCUCUGUUUUCGUUUCGCCUUGCCCGCCGGAAUGUUAUUACAAAGCGAAACGAAAAUUGAGCCUGAUCUCAGGUUAUCCUCUUUCCAUCGAUUUUAGGUUUUUUAAAUAUAUUUCUAAUCUUUCCAUUGUAAUACUCCUUUUGAUUUGAAAGUUACAUCUAAAUUUGUAAUCCUUUCUCUGUCUCUCAAAUACACGGGAUAAAAAUUGACUUUUUAAUACCUCCCUAAAGAG